GAGUUCUUUUGGCUCGCUUUGGCCGUGUGGCCAACAGCAGCAGCAGCAGCAGCAAUAACAACAACACAGCAGCAGCAACAACAACAACCACAACAACAAGUCUCGAGUUUGGUGGCAGUGGCAACCAAGUUGUUGUUGUUGUUGUCUUUGCGCCUUUGGUGAAAAAUAUUGACAGCAUAUUGCCACAAAAUCUCGUAAAAUGGCCGCUGCUGGAGGAAGCGGCAACCCUAGCGAAGGGCAAUCACAGUCGGCGACAUCAGAAUAGCGCCAUGUUGGGUUUUUAGCACGCAAACAACGCGAGGGAAACCAAAAACAGAAGAUUGAGAGAUUCAAACAGAGACAGAGACAACAAACACAAGAGACACGCCAAGAUGCAUCAGGAAACAGCAGCAGCAACAACAACAACAAGCUCUGUGAGCUACAACAAAAACAAUAAGCAAGCCACGCCCACACCCAGUACGCCCCGAAGAGAUUACACAAUGUUUCACAGAUGUCGGCGACGCAAUUCAAGACGAAGUGCAAGUUUCAAAUUUCCCGCCAUCAAUUGCAGCUUCUUUUGGAUGCUUCUAGUCGCCUGCAUCCUGUCCAGCAACUGGGCGGCAGCGGGGGGCGUGGACAAGGAGCGGGAGAGAGAGCGCAGUCUGGAGGUGCUUGAGGGCGUGGCCGUCAAUCAUCAAAUCGGUUUCAUCGGUGACUUUGACAGCAUCGACAGUGGGCCACCUUACAUUAUUGUGGCCGAGGCGGGCGUGGAAACGGAUCUGGCCAUCGAUCGGACCACGGGAGAGAUUCGCACCAAGGUGCCGCUGGACAGGGAGACGAGAGCCUCAUACAGCCUGGUGGCCAUUCCCCUGAGUGGACUCAAUGUGCGCGUUGUGGUCACAGUCAGGGAUGAGAAUGACAAUGCGCCCACCUUUCCGCAAUCCUCCAUGCACAUCGAGUUCCCGGAGAACACGCCACGCGAGGUGAAGCGUACCCUGCUCCCUGCCCGCGAUCUCGACCUGGAGCCGUACAACACACAGCGCUACAACAUUGUCUCCGGCAAUGUCAAUGACGCCUUUCGGCUCUCCUCGCACCGCGAACGAGAUGGCGUCCUGUAUCUCGAUCUGCAGAUCAGCGGCUUUCUCGAUCGGGAGACCACGCCCGCCUAUAGCUUGCUGAUAGAGGCCUUGGAUGGGGGAACUCCUCCUCUGCGCGGACUCAUGACUGUCAACAUUACCAUACAGGAUGUCAAUGACAAUCAGCCGAUCUUCAAUCAGAGUCGCUACUUUGCCACAGUUCCGGAGAAUGCCACCGUGGGAACAAGUGUGCUGCAGGUGUAUGCUUCAGAUACGGAUGCGGAUGAGAACGGACUUGUGGAAUACGCCAUAAAUAGAAGGCAGAGUGAUAAGGAACAAAUGUUUCGCAUCGAUGCAAAGACAGGCGCUAUCUACAUUAAUAAACCUUUGGAUUUUGAGACCAAGGAACUCCAUGAGCUCGUUGUGGUGGCCAAGGAUCAUGGGGAACAGCCGCUGGAAACGACGGCUUUUGUCUCGAUACGUGUGACAGACGUCAAUGACAAUCAGCCAACGAUCAAUGUCAUCUUUCUCAGCGAAGAUGCCUCUCCAAAGAUCUCGGAGUCGGCACAGCCCGGCGAAUUUGUUGCCCGCAUCUCCGUUCAUGAUCCGGACUCGAAGACGGAGUACGCCAAUGUGAAUGUCUCGCUGAAUGGAGGCGAUGGACACUUUGCCUUGACCACGCGUGACAACAGCAUUUACUUGGUCAUUGUGAAUCUUCCCCUGGACAGGGAGUCCACCUCGAACUACACCCUGAGUGUGGUUGCCACAGACAAAGGCACGCCGCCGUUGCAUGCCACCAAGUCGAUCUUUCUGCGCAUCACGGACGUCAAUGACAAUGCUCCCGAGUUCGAGCAGGAAGUCUAUCACGCCAAUGUCAUGGAGGUCGCCGAUCCCGGCACCUCGGUGCUCCAGGUGAUGGCCCGGGAUCGUGACGAGGGCAACAAUGCGGCUCUCAGCUAUGCUCUGGCCGAUACUCCAGACACGCAUGCGAACUGGUUCCAGAUCGAUGGGCAGACGGGUCUGAUCACCACGCGAUCCCACAUCGAUUGCGAAACGGAGCCGGUGCCUCAACUCACGGUGAUCGCCAGGGAUGGCGGACAACCGGCGCUCUCCUCAACGGCCACCGUGCUCGUCACCAUCCACGACGUCAACGACAACGAACCAAUCUUCGACCAGAGCUUCUACAACGUAUCCGUCGCCGAGAACGAAGCCGUGGGCAGGUGUAUACUCAAGGUCUCGGCCAGCGAUCCGGAUUGUGGCGUCAAUGCGAUGGUCAACUACACUUUGGGUGAGGGAUUCAAGCAUCUGACGGAGUUCGAGGUGCGUUCUGCCUCGGGAGAGAUCUGCAUUGCCGGAGAACUGGACUAUGAGCGUAGGAGCAGCUACGAGUUUCCCGUGCUGGCCACAGAUCGAGGAGGUCUCAGCACGACAGCAAUGAUCAAAAUGCAGCUAACAGAUGUGAAUGACAAUCGGCCAGUGUUUUAUCCCCGUGAAUACAAUGUCUCCCUGCGCGAAUCUGGAUCGGGUCAGGCCUCCAGCGCGCCGUUGCCCAUUGUGGCCGUGGUGGCCACAGAUCCGGAUUCGGGCAACUUUGGUCAAGUCUCCUAUCGCAUUGUGGCUGGUAACGAGGGAGGAAUCUUUCGCAUCGAUCGUGCCAGCGGAGAGAUCUUUGUUGUACGUCCGGAUAUGCUCUCGGUACGCACUCAGCCGAGGCACAUGCUCAACAUCUCGGCCACGGAUGGCGGAGGACUGAGAACGAGCACCGAUGCCGUCGUCUUUCUCAGCAUCAUCGAUGCCAUGCAACGUCCUCCGAUCUUCGAGAAGGCCCGAUACAAUUACUACGUCAAGGAGGAUGUGCCACGAGGAACAGUGGUCGGCUCUGUCAUCGCCACCAGCAGUGACACCGCUCAAAGCAGUCCCGUGCGCUACUCGAUCUACUCUGGGGAUCCGGAUGGUUACUUCAGCAUUGAGGCCACCUCGGGCAAUAUACGGAUUGCCCAUCCGCUGGAUCAUGAGGCCAAGUCGCAGGUCUUGCUCAACAUUCAGGCGACCAGUGGGGAGCCACCAGUGUAUGGCCACACGCAGGUGAACAUCGAGGUCGAGGAUGUCAAUGACAAUGCUCCGGAGUUUGAGACGAGCAUGGUGCGAAUUUCGGUGCCAGAGAAUGCCGAGCUGGGCACGCCCCUCUUUGCGGUCCACGCCCACGACAAGGACUCUGGCAGCAGUGGACAAGUGACCUACAGUCUCUCCUCCGCCUCCGCCUCAUCCUCAGCCUCAGCAUCGGGCAAUGCCACCCAACGUGGCGUUAAUAGAAUUCCUCAACCUUCACUCUUUGCUAUCGAUGCACGCUCUGGGCAUCUUGUGUUAUCACGACAUCUCGACUAUGAGACAUCGCAGCGGCACUCGUUAACAGUGACUGCCACCGAUGGGGGCAUGCCCCCGCUCUCCGCGGACGUCACCAUCAUCGUGGAUGUCCAAGACGUCAAUGACAAUCCGCCCGUCUUUGAACGCGACGAAUAUGCCGUGAAUGUCUCCGAAUCGCGGGCCAUUAAUGCACAGAUCAUUCAGGUGAAUGCCAGCGAUCUGGACACGGGCAACAAUGCUCGGAUUACGUAUCGCAUUGUGGAUGCAGGUGCCGACAAUGCCAGUCUGAGUCAUGGCCACAGUCACAGCCAGUCGAGUCUUGGCCUUAAUGGACCCGAUGCCGACUUGGCCCAACACUUUGGCAUCUUUCCCAACUCUGGCUGGAUUUAUCUACGCGCUGCUUUGGACAGAGAGAGUCGAGAUCGUUAUGAACUCACAGUUCUGGCCACGGAUAAUGGCACACCAGCGGCACAUGCAAGAGCUCGUGUAUUGGUUCGAGUCCUCGAUGCCAAUGACAAUGAUCCCAAGUUCCAAAAGGAGAGCUAUGAAUUCCGCAUUGAGGAGAAUCUACGUCGUGGCGCUGUUGUGGGCGUUGUGGCUGCCACAGAUCUGGAUAUCGGGGAGAAUGCGGCCAUACGCUACAGUUUGUUGCCGGCCAACUCGAGCUUUCAGGUGCAUCCCGUCACAGGUGAGAUAAGCACACGCGAACCACUCGAUCGGGAGCUGCGUGAGUUCUAUGAUCUGGUGAUGGAGGCCCGGGAUCAAGGGACGCCAUCACGCAGUGCACGUGUUCCAGUGCGUGUGCAUGUGACGGAUGUGAAUGACAAUGCGCCGGAGAUAGCCGAUCCGCAGGAGGAUGUGGUUAGUGUGCGAGAGGAGCAACCACCGGGCACGGAGGUGGUGCGAAUACGUGCCAUCGAUCGGGACAAUGGACAGAAUGCAUCCAUCACCUAUUCACUGUUGAAGGGUCGUGACUCCGAUGGACAUGGUCUCUUCAGCAUCGAUGCCAACUCGGGCGUGAUCCGAACACGCGUCUUGCUGGACCACGAGGAGAGGAGCAUCUAUCGUCUCGCUGUGGCUGCCACCGAUGGUGGCAAUCCGCCCAAGCAGACGCUGCGAAUGCUGCGCGUCGAGGUCCUCGAUCUCAAUGACAAUCGGCCAACGUUCACCAGCUCCAGCCUCGUCUUCAGGGUACGAGAGGAUGCGAUUGUGGGUCAUGUGGUGGGUUCGAUUAGUCCCAACGAGCGAUCGGAGUUGCCACAAGGAGGGAACAGUCUGGAUGACCAACUGUGCGUUACGUAUACUCUCAACCCGCUGACCAAGGAUGUCAUCGAGGGAGCCUUUGACAUUGACAGGAAUACGGGAAAUCUUGUGGUGGCCCGACAAUUGGAUCGGGAGCUGCAAGCCGAAUAUCGAUUGGAGAUUCGCGCUUUGGACACUUCAGCUAGUAAUAAUCCGCAGAGCAGUGCUAUAACCGUCAAAAUUGAGGUGGCCGAUGUGAAUGAUAAUGCUCCCCGUUGGCCUUUGGAUCCCAUUGAGCUGCAGGUGAGCGAGUCCAUGUCGGUCGGUGAGAUCAUCUACAAUUUCACGGCCACGGAUGCGGACUCGGGCACAAAUGGAGAGCUUCAGUAUCGUCUACUGCGCUACACUCCUCUCCUGAAUGAGAGCCUGGAGCAGGCGACGCCUCUCUUCUCACUGGACUCGCUAACGGGAUCUCUGAGUCUGCAGUCGCCUUUGGACUACGAGUCUCUCAAGGAAUAUCUGCUUAUAGUUCAGGCUCUCGAUCAGUCCUCGAAUGUAACUGAGCGUUUACAGACCUCAGUCACUGUGCGUCUGCGUGUCCUGGAUGCCAAUGACAAUGCGCCACAGUUUGUGGUACCCGCCACAAAUGGAGGCAGUGCAGUCAAUAUUUAUCUCAAUGAUGCCACACGCAUCGGCGAAGUCGUAACUCACAUCGUGGCCGUGGAUCAGGAUGCGGGUGAAAACGGUCGCGUCACCUACGAAAUAAUCAGUGGCAACGGCGAGGGAAGAUUCCGCAUUAAGCCGCAGUCUGGCAUGAUUGAACUGGCCAAGACACUGCCUCCAGCAUCCGAUCAGCUGGAUAAGACCAGUCGAUUUAGCCUUACGAUCCGUGCCAGUGAUCAUGGAACUCCUACUCCCAAGCAAUCCACACUCAACCUUCAGCUGCUCAUCCAGGGCAGCCACAGCAAUCCUCCCAAGUUCCUGCAAGCUGUCUACCAUGCGACAAUCCUCGAGAACGUGGCCAGUGGCAGCUUCGUGCUGCAGGUGGCAGCCAAGGCAUUCCACAGUGCCGACAAUGCUAAUCUAACUUAUGAGUUACCAAGUGGCGUAGCCGAUGAUCACUUUCAUGUCGAUUGGCAACGCGGCAUUGUCACGACACGUGGACAAUUCGAUCGUGAGUCGCAGGCCCGAUAUGUUAUUCCCAUUUAUGUGAGAGAUGCCAAUCGAAUGAUUGUCUCCCCGGCGUCUGCUGUGCGGAAGCAACGUUCUUCGGAGAGCAACUUGGAGACGGCAAGUGGACAACACUUUGAUGUGGCAACGAUCUUCAUCACCAUUGGCGAUGUCAAUGAUAAUGCACCCGAGUUUCGACCUGGAUCUUGUUAUGGGCUUUCAAUGCCCGAGAACAGCGACACCGCCAUUAUCCACACGGUGGUUGCAAGUGAUCUGGAUGAAGGAGCUAAUGCAGAGCUGAUCUACAGUAUUAUCGGCGGCAAUCUGGGCAACAAGUUCAGCAUCGAUGCACGCACCGGAGAGUUGAGUGCUCGACCUUUGGAUCGUGAGCAGCACUCCCGCUUUACACUCCAGAUACAGGCAUCGGAUCGUGGUCAGCCCAUCACUCACCAGGGUCAUUGUAACAUCAGUGUCCUUGUCGAGGAUCAGAAUGACAAUGAGCCGCGCUUUGAGCUGUCGAAAUAUGUGGCCAGUGUCCAGGAGGAUGCAUCGAUUGGCAGCAGCGUGUUGCGCAUCAAGGCCACUGAUGCGGAUCUGGGUGUCAAUGCGAGACUCAUCUACUCCCUGGCCAAUGAGACCCAGUGGCAAUUCGCCAUCGACAGCAAAAGUGGACUCAUCACCACCGUCGGGAAAUUGGAUCGUGAGCUGCAGUCGAGCUACAGCUUCAUGGUCUUGGCCACCGAUUGUGGAAAGUACGAGGUUCGUUCCGGCAGUGUGGCCGUUCAGAUCAAUGUGCUGGACGUCAAUGACAAUAAGCCCAUCUUCGAGCGUUAUCCAUACUUGGGUCAAGUGCCGGCUCUCAUUCAGCCAGGACAGACUUUGCUGAAGGUUCAGGCCCACGAUGCCGAUCUGGGAUCGAAUGGCGAGCUGCUUUAUGCCCUCAAAGCAGACAGUCUGCUUGGAUCACCUGCAACUCGUGCCAAGUUCCGCAUUAAUCCAAAUACUGGCGCCUUGAGUGCCACCCAGAGUCUGGCCAGCGAGACGGGCAAUCUUCUUCAGCUGGAGGUGAUUGCCCGCGACAAGGGAAACCCGCCUCAGAGCAGUGUGGGUCUCAUCGAGCUGCUGGUGGGCGAAGCUAGCCAAGGUACGCCCGUAUUGCACUUCCAGAACGAGACGUAUAGGACCAAGUUACUUGAGAAUUCGCCAAGGGGCACCAGACUACUCCAAGUGGCCGCUGUGCGGAGCGAUGGACGUCGACAGAAGAUGAGUUUCUCUUUUGGCGCGGGCAAUGACGAGGGCAUCUUCUCAAUGGAUGCAUUAACCGGAGAGAUUCGGGUUGCCAACCCCUUGCAACUGGACUACGAUCGCUUUGCCAAACCAACGUUGGAGCCUCUCUCCCGUGGACGGGCCAUGCACUACGAGGAGUCGGGAGAGCAGACGGAGCAGAAGCAGGAAGAGCAACAGGGGGAAAAUGGAAAUGCCUCACGCAGUCAACGCGCCUUGCCGAGUUCCUCAUUUGCUUUGACCACAACGCAACCACAUGAACUGCGGCUCGUUAUCGUUGCUCGCAGCACCGAAGCUCCCUUCCUCUCAAGCUACGCGGAAUUGGUUGUCGAACUGGAGGAUGAGAACGAUAAUAGCCCGCAGUUCUCGCAGCGUCAAUUCGCAGCCACCGUCUGGGAGGGCAACAGCAAGGGCACCUUUGUCGCCCAGGUGCAGGCCUUUGAUGCCGACGAGGGCGCCAAUGCCCGCCUUCGAUACCACAUUGUGGAUGGCAACCACGACAACGCCUUUGUCAUUGAGCCCGCCUUCAGCGGCAUCGUGAGAACGAACAUUGUGCUCGACCGCGAAAUACGCGACGUCUACAACUUGAAGAUUAUUGCCACCGACGAGGGCGUACCUCAAAUGACCGGCACCUCAACCAUACGUGUCCAUAUUGUGGAUGUCAAUGACAAUCAGCCGACGUUUCCGCCCAACAACGUUGUCAGCGUCAGCGAGGCUACUGAGCUGGGAGCUGUAAUUGCCUCUGUUUCGGCGAAUGAUGUGGAUACAUAUCCCACCUUGACCUAUCGCUUGGGCAGCGAUUCUCCCGACGAAACGGAAAAUCUGUUACUCUUCGGCCUAGAUCGCUACAGUGGCAAGCUCGUGCUUAAACGUAACCUGAACUACGAACUACAGCAGGAGUAUCAGUUGGAGGUGAUUGCAUCCGACGCGGCACACGAGGCGCGUACCACCCUGACAGUUCGUGUGGCAGACGAGAAUGACAAUGCUCCGAUAUUUCUGGCACAGAAGCCUCCUGCAUAUUUUGCUCUAUUGCCAGCUGCCUCAGAGCUGUCGGACAGCGCUUCGAUGGACGUAGAGCUGCUGACUGUGAAUGCCACGGACGCGGAUGCCGAGGGUCGCAACUCGCAAAUAAGCUACAGCAUCGAUCCGCCCCUGUCGGGUUUCUCGGUGCAUGCCACAAGUGGCAUUGUCUCGGUCAACAUGAGUCAACUGCCAGCUGCGACGUCGGCCAGCGGGGAUUACUUUGUGCGUAUCGUAGCACGGGAUUCGGGUAAGCCAAUGCUAAGUGGUGCAACGUUGCUUCGUGUCCAGCCUGGCGAUAUUGGAGCGGGACGGACGCAGUUCCUGCAAACGCAGUACAGAGCACAGAUCAGCGAGGCGGCUUCGGUGGGCUCGGUGGUACUUCAACUGGGACAGGACGUAAAGGAUCAAACGUUCAUUAUUGUGUCGGGCAACGAGGAAGGCGCCUUUGAGUUGCUGCCCUCCAAGGCAAUUGUAUUGAUCAAGCAGCUCGAUCGGGAGCGUAACGAUCUCUACAAGCUGCAGCUGUUGCUCAGCCAGCCCACAAAUGGUGCCAGCUUCACAGCCAGCUCCAAUUCGAGUGGAGGCAUCACAGUCUUUGUCAAUGUACUGGAUGCCAAUGACAAUGCGCCUAUCUUCGAUCCAAGCGCAAAGUACGAGGCAGAGAUCAGCGAAUUGGCGCCAUUGCGUUAUUCCAUUGCCCAAUUGUCCGCUUUAGACGCGGAUCAGGAGAACACACCCAACUCGGAGGUAGUCUACGACAUCAGCUCUGGAAAUGAUGAGCACAUGUUCACCAUUGACCUCGUGAGUGGCGUGCUUUUCGUGAACAAUCGGCUGGACUACGACAGCGGAGCAACGAGUUAUGAGCUCAUCAUACGCGCCUGCGACAGCCACCAGCCACGCCCACUGUGCAGCUUGAAGGCGUUCCACCUGUCGCUGCACGACGAGAACGACAAUGCCCCGCAGUUUCCCCUCUCCGAGUACGUGCACUUCCUGGGCGAGAAUGAACCUCUGGGCACCUCGGUCUUUAGGGCACAUGCCAGCGAUCUGGAUCGCGGUGCCUUCGGGCAGCUCAACUACAGUCUGGUGGCCGCGACGGAUGACGACAGCUCGUGGCGUUUGUUCCGCGUGGAUGCCGAGUCGGGCAUUGUCAGCUCGGGAGCGGUGUUUGACUACGAGCAGCGGCAACGCUACAAUCUGCAGCUGCAGGCUAGCGAUAUGGGCGGAAGAAGUGCUCGGGUGGCGGUGCGAGUUGAGAUCGAGUCGCGGGACGAGUUCACGCCACAGUUCACGGAGCGAACGUAUCGCUUUGUGUUGCCAGCGGCGGCGGCAUUGCCUCUGGGCUUUGUCGUCGGCCAGGUGACGGCCACAGAUGCUGAUUGUGGGGCAGAUGGUCGCGUUGUCUACCAAUUAAGCGCACCACACAGCUACUUCAAGGUGAAUCGCAGCAGCGGUGCGGUGCUCAUCAAAAGGAAACUCGACGACAGCCUCAUUGACGAUGGACGCGAUAUCAGUCUUGUGAUCACGGCCUCGUCGGGUCGCCAAAGCUCCCUGAAGAACAUGACCGUCGUGGAGAUCGCCUUGGAUCCCCUGGCACAUCCCAACACCAAUCUGGCAUCCAUUAGCAUGCCAGGCAGCGGUGCAGGCGGCGCUGCAAAUGGCGGUGCCAGCAUAAGCGAUUGGGUCGUGGGUCUGCUAGUCUCGCUGCUUCUCAUUCUCUGCGCCGCAGCCGGCAUCUUUCUCUUCAUCCACAUGCGCAGUCGUCGGCCUCGCAAUGCUGUCAAGCCCCAUCUCAGCACGGAGACGGUGGGCGUGGGCAACUCCAACAGUUAUGUGGAUCCCAGCGCCUUUGACACGAUUCCCAUACGCGGUGGUGCCUCGGCUGCCGCUGCGGUGGCUUCGGGUCAGUUUGCACCACCCAAGUACGAUGAGAUUCCACCGUUCGGACCACAUGCGGGCAGCUCGGGAGCAGCCACCACAUCGGAGCUAUCUGGCUCGGAGCAGUCGGGUUCCAGCGGACGCGGCUCGGCGGAGGAUGAUGGCGAGGACGAGGAGAUUCGCAUGAUCAACGAGGGACCGCUGAGUCAUCGGGCAGGCGCCGGCGCUGGCAGCGACGAUGGACGCAUCUCGGACAUCUCUGUGCAGAAUACCCAAGAGUAUCUCGCUCGUCUGGGCAUUGUGGAUCACGACCCGAGUGGCGGAGGCGGUGGUGCUUCAAGCAUGGCGGGCUCUAGCCAUCCCAUGCCCAUACCCAUGCCCAUGCCAACACUCCACAUGUUUGACGAGGAUGCGACGGCCAGAUCGGACAUCACAAAUCUCAUCUACGCAAAGUUGAAUGACGUGACAGCCGCUGGAUCGGAGCGUGGCAGCAGUGUGGAUGAUGCGGCGACCACGGCGGGCAGCAUUGGCACCGUUGGCCAUGGACAUGGACAUGGUGUGAUGGCCAGCUAUGGCGAGGUGCCCGUUCCCGUGCCUGUCGUCGUGGGCGGCAGUAAUGUGGGCGGUUCCCUGAGCUCCAUUGUGCACAGCGAGGAGGAGCUGACGGGCAGCUACAACUGGGACUAUCUGCUGGACUGGGGACCGCAGUAUCAACCGUUGGCGCACGUCUUCUCCGAGAUUGCAAGACUGAAGGACGACACGAUGUCGGAGCACAGUGGCCACAGUGGUCACAGUGGUAGUGGCGCCUCGUCCAGCGCCAAGAGCAAACAGUCGAUGGCUCACUCCUCCACAGGCAGUGUGGUGCUCAAGCCACCUCCCCCCACACACAUACCACCCCCGCUGCUCACCAAUGUCGCUCCUCGGGCCAUCAAUCUGCCGGUGCUCGGCAACUCGGGCGGUCUUCGGCUUCCCCCUCACCUCAGUCUCGCCAAUCUGCCCCGCUCGCCCAUCGGACACGAGGCCAGCGGUGGCUUCAGCACCUCCUCGGCCAUGUCGCCAUCCUUCUCGCCUUCCCUCUCCCCCCUGGCCACGCGAUCGCCCUCGAUUUCCCCGCUGGGCGGACCGCCCACCCACAUGUCACACGUCUCCCUGCCGCGCCCCUGCCACGCCCCCCAGCCCAGCCAACGCGCCAAUGUGGGCACUCGCAUGUGAAGGAUCCCCCCUCCACCCAACGUAAUGGAUAUUUGUAGUUAUCGUUAUCGAAAUCCGUGUGAUCACCAUUAGAGCGUAAUGUAGCGAGUACUGCUUAGUCGUAGUGAUUAUCCCUUAGUUAGUGCCACACAUUUUCAUGAAAGCAUUCAAGAAUGGAGCGCAGCUGUACAUGCAUAGUAUUACUUGCACCACCCAACCACCAACCACCCUACCAUCCAAUCCACACACUCACACACACACACACAUACAGUCACAUAUGUCAGCCCCACUCGACUCGAUUCCCUAUAAGAAUUUCAUAAACAUAAACAAAA